CCCAGAAUAGAUUCUACGGCGGAUCAUUCGGCUCGGUCAUAGAUCGCCCUGUGCUUCUCUAGAAAGUCGACCUACAUGUCGCAACAUUUCUUACCCUUGGAUGGUGGCCAGCAUGGCGCCAGUCGCUGCACUCGACACCUUAUCGAAUCCUCUGGUCACUGCAGAGCAGCUGUUCGCGUUCAAGCAGUUCGACAAUGAACAGAGUCAGUCGUGGCGCUUCGCGGAAUACCAACUCCUCUGCGCCGCGGGCAUCCUCCUACGUCUACCACAAGAGAUCAUUGCACAGGCAAUAGUACUUUUGCAGCGCUUUGCCGUUGUCCGAAGUGACCGGAAUCCUUGGUCUGUACGAGAACACUGCGCGGUCUGCACUUUUCUCGCCGCGAAACCCUCUCCUACGCCCAUUUCAUGGCGAUCUCUCGCGAAUGUCUACGUCUAUCUCAGCUCGUGCGCUUCACCUCUCAAGUUCUUCAACCCUGGCGGACCGCCUACAGACAUCCAUCCGGAACAGUACUACGUUACGGAAGGGAUUUUGGAGAGUAACAUAAAUUACAUGAUUAUUGAGGAGGGCGAAAUAUUGCAGAGUAUUGGAUUUGACACCCGAGUCGUCCUGCCGCAUGGUCUGGCUUUGACGUACAUGCAAGCGCUGGGCGUCUCGUCUGCUACAUUGGCGAAGAGAGUUCUUGAACAUCUAAAUGCCGGACUACUCUCUCCACAAAUGCUUUACCUUACACAUCAACCAAACGCACUCGCCGUGGGAGCUAUCUACCUUGCAGCGAGGGAGCUGGGGAUCAAACUCGUCGAACAGAACUGGUGGGAGGUCUUUGAUGUUGAUCGCGAGGAUCUAGGGUUUCUUGUGAUGGCUUUUGGAAGUAUGGGCAAUUUCGCCGAAGCCGAGAUGGAGGAAUGGAAGAAGACAGGACCCAUGAGGACGCUAUUGAAUACUCCUCUAGCUCAGUGAAAGAGCAAUAUUAUUUCACCAUGACACCACCACACCGUCAGAUACAG